GAAAUAAAGAAAAAAAACAGAGACAAUCAUCAGGAUAAGACACUUGUGGAGAACUCGUGCUACAAACACUUCCAUUCAUUUCUCAUUCGCAUCCAACGCCUCAUGUUCGCUUGACCAGAGCCACAAAUGGAUGUAAUUUACGUAUAAAACAUCCUCCGCCUCCCUUCCUGAUCUGUCCAAUUCAACUAUUACAGGGGCUGCAAUAAUCAUAUCUCCGACAGAGAACAAAGAGUGUUAAGAUGGCUUCUUUAACAAUGGCUUUUGCUCCGGCAGUGGCAGGAAGAGUGUUUGCGGCAACGGAAGCGAAGGGUGCCGGCGGCAGCAAGGAGGAGAAAGGGCCUUUCGACUGGAUUCUUGGUGGGUUACAAAAGGAGGAUCAGCUGCUUGAGACUGACCCAAUUCUAAAGAAGGUGGAGGAGAAGAAUGGAGGCACUGGCGCAGGUGGGCGAAAGAACUCUGUGGCCGUCCCGCAGAAGAAGAAGGGUGGUUUUGGAGGGCUCUUUGCUAAGAACGAAUAAGAAUCUUUUGGGAUAUUUUUCUGGCAUUUCUAUCACGUACGCCAUGUUCAUGUCAGUUCUUGCUUUCAAUCUUUGGUGAUUAUGGAAUGCUUAAAUUGUGUCUAUUUCUUUGUAUUCUGAAUAUCUAAAGAUCGUCAUUAAUUCA